AUGGAGGCAGAAAAGAUUUAUGUGGAUGAUAUUCUCUCUGACGAAGACGAUGAGUGUCCAUCUCCUAUAAUACCUAAAAAGUAUAUUGAAAAGGAGGAAUUUGAGUCACGAAAGUCUAAACUUGAUAUUAAAAAGAUUAUCUCAAGUUUUAUCCUCAAAAAGGAGUACUUCGUUUCACACAAAAAGACAGAUAUUCAUGUAGAUUACGAUCUUGAGAAGGAACCCCUUGGUGAAGGUGCCUUUGGAGUGGUCUACAGAGCCACAGAGAGGGAAACUGGCAUUAUUAGAGCAGCCAAGAAGAUCCAAGUCAAAGAUGAUUCGGAUAUAGAAAACUUUUAUCGAGAAGUAGGCGCACUCAAAACUCUUGAUCAUCCUAACGUUAUUAAGCUCUAUGAGGUCUAUGAAGAUAAGGAAGAAGGCUUUGUGUACCUUAUUGAAGAGUACUGCGAAGGAGGCGAGCUGUUUGAUUACAUCAUCGACCAUAAUGGCCUUGAAGAGAAAGAAGCAGCAAGAGUUUUCCAUCAAAUGCUGUCCAGUAUCUUAUAUUGACACAAAAAUUGUAUUUGCCAUCGGGAUUUAAAACCUGAUAACUUCAUGCUCUCGAAGAGAGGCAAACGAUCUCCUAUAAAAUUGAUAGAUUUUGGACUCUCAAGGCAGUUCUUUUCAUAUAAUGAAAAUAAAGGAGUAGAUUAUGUCCGAAUGGCAACUCGUGCAGGCACUAAGUUAUACAUGGCUCCAGAAGUUUUCACUGGAAAUUACUCAAAUGCUUGUGACAUCUGGUCACUUGGGGUGAUACUUUUCAUCAUGGUAUCUUCGGAAAUCCCUUUCAAAGGUAGUACUGAAGAGCAAAUUAAGCAAUCUAUCUUGGAUAUUAGUUAUGAUUUUGACAAGCCAAUUUGGGAUAAUAUUUCCGAAGAGUGAAAAGACUUAAUUUCUCAAAUGAUAGUAGAAGAAAAUCAAAGAAUUACACCUAAGAAGGCUCUUCAUCAUCCUUGGUUUAAGAAAUUUUUGUUCAAGAAGAAAAAGAUGUUAGGAGCCGAUUCUUCUCAUAUCGAGAAAAUAGAGAAUUUCAAAGAUUCAAAUCAUCUGAAAAAAGCGAUACUAACUUUCUUAUCAGCCAAAGCCAGCGACGAAGAUAUUAAGGAAGAAAUUGAGUUGUUCAAUAAUUAUGAUACCAACAAUGAUGGAUACAUCACAAAGAAAGAGCUGAAGAAGGGGAUGACUAAGCUGCAUAAUUUUACAAACGAAGAUAUCGAAAAGUUCAUGGAAAGUAUGGACACAGACAAGAAUGGUGCUAUCAACUUCAAUGAAUUUAUCUCAGCAACCCUGAACAACAAGAUUUCAACGGAUUAUUCCAGAAUUGUUAAAGCUUUUGAGUUCUUUGACCUUGAUAACGAUGGUCAGAUUGACAAGAAGGAGCUCCAAGAAGCCCUCACCGGAAAAAGUUUCGAAAUGAUCGACAUGCAAAUCUUCGAAGGAGUUAUCGAUGAAUGUGACAAAGAUAGAGACGGCAAAAUCAAUUUUGAAGAAUUCUCCCAGACAGUCUCUAAUAAGCUAGAUAUCAAGACUAAACAAAAACUAUCUGAAUACGGUAAACCAGCUGAAACUCCUUAAAAUAAAAAUUUCUA